AUGUCUCUGCCUGAGUCCCCGUUCAGUUGCCUUUGUCUUCAUUUCCUUUUCUCUCUGAGUUCAGCUCUGCUUUUCCCUUCUUACUGGUUUAUUGAUCGUCUUUUGUCCUGUGCGGUUUUCACCACUAUAGAGCGCUACCACCGCCCUGGCUUGAGGUUCCUCUGCUUGCUCCUUGGGGUCCCGUUGUUCUUGCUUCUCUUCAUUCUUUCUCUGCCACUAGGUUUUUUUGGUUUCCUAAUUUGGGCUCCCUUGCAGAGGCUUCGCCGUCCCUUCUCUUAUCAGAACUCUGUAAAGACUCCAGAUCUCCCAGAGAGGAUACUGAGUGGUGAAUGUUCCUUCAUCUUUAUCAGUGCCAACCUCUGCCUUCUGCCCGAUGGCUUGGCACGCUUCAGUAACCUGCACCACACACAACGUCGCAGUGCUGCCAUUUCCCAACUCCUGUGUAGCUCAUCGGAGCCUGCCAAGAAUAACUGUGAAGACACGGUGCCAAUGUGUAGCACAGAAGAUGUCCUGCCGAUGAUCGAGAUACCUUACAAAACAGAGAGAGACUCCAGCACAGAAGGAGAUGUGCCAUUCGAAGUGUCCCUCGUCUUCCCUCAAAAUGCUGACUUUGUGUGCCUGCAGGAAGUGUUCGAUGGACGAGCUUCACGCAAACUACGCCGCUGCCUUGGGCCAACCUUUCCUCACAUUUUGUAUGAUGUUGGGCCCUCAGGACCUCAUGGCUGUGGUUUUAGGUUUUUCAAUAGUGGAUUAUUCCUGGCUAGUCGGCACCCGUUCAUGGCAGCCAAGUAUUAUUUCUACCCGAAUGCACGUGGGGAGGACGCCUUGGCUUCCAAAGGUCUUCUCUGUGUCAAGGUCCACAUUGGAAUGACGAAGCAGAAGCAAAAAAUUGUGGGAUAUAUAAAUUGUACGCAUUUACAUGCCCCAGAGAGUGAUGCAGUCAUCCGCUGUGAUCAGAUGUCUCUGCUCCUGCGAUGGGUUUUGGACUUCCAGUCACAAUACGGUGAAGAUGGAGAUCUGGUUGCAUUUGACGUCCUUUGUGGAGACUUGAACUUUGACAAUUGUUCCACGGAUGACUGCAUGGAGCAGAAACAUCAGCUAUUCUCUGUAUAUAAGGAUCCGUGUAGAGACUGUGCUGGCCAGGACAGAAGAGGUGCAGUGGUGCACCCUCCUCAGAUGGGACUGUCUCUACCACGAGGCUAUCAACACUCCAGCCACUCGUAAAGAGGACUCUGGAUUCAGAGGCUGAGCGACGAAAAUUAUACAUUGCUCCACCUCUUCCUGAAGCAAUUGAUGGGAGUGGUGCGCAUUGGACGGGGCGGAGGAAUAGAUUAUAUCCUGUACAGAGAGUCGGAUUUGUUACUUCACUGAGCUGUGAACAAGUUCCAGUUUAUCACACAAUUGGCCGGACUGUCAGAUCACGUUCCGGUCUCGAUGCACUUCUCCGUCUCACUGCCAGAGGGCUCCUCCCUAUGA